AUGAAGUCAACAUCGCUCUUGGCCACUGCGCUGGUGGCGCUUUCGUCAGUUGCUGCUGCCCAAGCAGCACCGGGGAAGCCCAAGAUCUACUUCCCCAAGCAUGUCAAGCGCCAGUUUACAAACUCGACAGUCUCUGCCGACGAGCUGCCACCUAAGACGCCGCUCGACCUCGUUAAGGCUAAGAGGCAGAACCCAACUGGCAAUAUCGGUAGUAAUGUCGAAGAGGUCGUCAUCACGGCUACCGUUGUUGUCACCCUGCCAGAUGCGACCCCCGUCACAACCAUCUGGCCUACUCCUUCGGAGAGCAGCUCAUCUAGCGAUGUUCUGAGCGAAAGCUCAUCGGUUUCGUCAGAUCUUGGCUCGAGCUCGAGCUCUGAUGCGGCUUCGACUUCCUCUACUAGCGACCUUGAGGAGUCUUCUUUCGUGCCGCCCGCUACUACUACUACUACGUUUACGGAGGAUUCUUCAAUCAGUUCGAAUACUCCUACCGUUGACCUUACUCCUACCCCUUCGUCCAAGAGCUCCUCUGAGUCUCUUACCGUGUCGGCUUCCGAAUCUAGUUCUGACUCUCUGUCGGAAGUUGCUCCCUCUAGCGAUGUCCCGUCAUCGAGCGCAACACCAACCGAUGACCUGGUCGACACGACGUCCAGGAUCCCUCCCACGCCCACUUCCGACGAACCGGUCGAGCUUUCGUCGACGGUAUCCGAGUCUUUUGCAACACCCGACAUCACGGAGUCUUCGAGCUCUCAGUCGCCUGUCGCUUCUAGCACCAAUGACUCUGCCAACCCUGUGACCUCGAUCAUCAGUAGCAUCAGCUCGGUCAUCUCAAGCAUUUUGAGCCCUCUAGAGCCGACGACGACCGAUGUCCCGACCCCUAGCUCGACCGAAGACCCGGUUGAUGAGAGCUCUUCGACAUCUAAUGCCGACAUCAUUAGCGAUCUUCCGAUCGAGACUCCUACGCCGACGCCCACGCUGAUUGAGACACCAAUUGAGUUUCCUGUUGAGACACCCUCCGAAACUGCUACAGCUUCGUCAGUUGAGCCGCCCGUGGAAGAGCCUACUGAGUCUCCUACCAGCGAGAUCCCAUUGCCGCCGGUCGUCAACAUCACUAGCUCUUUGCUCCCAGAGCCUACUCCUACUCCUAGUCAGAGCUCUUCGGUCGAGGAGACCCCAGUUACUCCCACCGAUCUCCCUGCGACUAGCGUGGAGCCGGAGCCGCCAGUUAGCACUGACCCGCCUGCUGAGGAACCUAGCACAACCACGAAUCUGUCUAGCGACACGACUACCGCCCUUCCCACCAACGUCACCGAGCUGCCAAGUGAGACAACCACUCUCCCAACUGACCCGCCGGUCGAGACGAGCACCGACAUUCCGACGGACUCUGCUGAACCAACUGAUACGGCCCUCCCUCCCACCAGCACGCUCGAGCCUGGCCCUGGCAGCAAUACAACCGAGACCAGCACUGUCACCGAGGCUCCGGCAGUUCCGACUAGCUCGACGAUCGAGCCUGUUCCCAGCAAAAAUGCGACACUGACAACCGAUACGGAGACGUCUACUAGCUUAACCGAAGUCAUCCCAACUAGCACCACCAGCAGCAGCAUUGCCGGCGUCACCAGCAUCCCGACGAUUAGCAAUAUUCCGUCCUCGGCAUGGCUCCCAACCACCAUCAUUGUUGCCCCGACUUCCACUCUCACUGCAUCCCAGUCUACUACUACGGCCACUGGCAUUCCCACCGACCUGCCUAAGGCUAUUGCACCUGACGACCAGAGUCCUGGCCAGCCGGACGACACCAUGCUGAUCCAGAUUGGUUUCAAAGAGGGCUACAACUAUCCGUUCGUGGUGCAGGAGCAGAGGGCUGCCGCUCAGAUCUUCAAGCUGCUUCCUCAGGCUUUGGCUGAUUAUGGUAAAUUUGAUGUCAGCAAGGCUCAGAUCAAGCGCCUGGUUCCUCUGGACACCCAAGCCUCACUCGGCUAUAUCACUACGCUCGCUGUCAUUACUUACCCGAGCAGUAUGGUUGAGGCGCUUGCGGUGGACAUCCGGCUACCCUACUCAGCUUUGUACCAGAACCCUAACCAGCUCAUCUACAACCUUACUCAACAGAUCAACCCGGCUAUUCCCAUCUACCUUGGCUCAGCCUUGGAAGGUGGCAGUAGCGGCUCGGAUGGUUCUCCAAAACCGAACACUCCCAACGCGAACCCCAACAGCGACCCAUUCGGCACCAACCCCUCGCCUAACAAUACCAGCGGUGCCCAGAAAGGUACCACGGCAGGUAUCGUUGGUGGCGCUGUGGCCGUUGCUGCAGCUUACGGUGUGGUUAUGUUCGUCGUGGCUCGGCGCUACAAGCGCAAGAGGCAGGCGCACCGCAGGGCCAGCUCCAUUAGCAGCAGCAACCCUCCUAUGUCAGACUUGGCCUCUCACGGCCGCGGCAGCCCCGCGCUCAUGGGCGGUGCUCUUUUGAGUCGUGACUUCACGAGCAGCCCGUACGGUGCCACUGCCGCUCCAGGCGGCCGUGACAGCCAUGGCAGCGGACGAAGCGGGAUGGGCGGCUCGGGCAGGACGCAGUACAUCUCGGCACCGGUAGCAGCUGAGAACUCGCUUGGAUGGAACUGA